ACCGCCUCGUGGACGAUGGAAAAGUGGGUGCCCUGGACCCAACCUGCCCUCCCGGGAGGGAGAGGCCAGGGUCAGCGCCUAGGAGGGAAGAGGGCUCCGGGAACUGGAGGUGGCCCGCGGGUCACGUGCUCUGUUCCGGCCAGGGUGCGGACACUGCGACGAGGACUGCAGCCCCCGCUGGGGCACCCCUUCUGUCCCCGCCUCUGGGUGGCGCCUCCGGCGGGGCCGAUUACGAGUUCGGAUAAGAACCGCCCUUCUGUCCAUCCCUGUGCACCGUGCUGGGGAUGCCAGCGCUGGCCCGAAACGGCCCCCACCUCUGCAUAUUCAUCUCCAGCCCGGAGUCUUGGGGACACAGGAAUAACGCCUCUGUCCCCUUCCCAUAUCGUGAAUGAUGCCGACCCCAACGUCUCGGAACAGCAGACGUUUCUCGUGGUGGUGGCCAUCGACUUUGGGACCACGUCCAGCGGCUAUGCCUACAGCUUCACCAAGGAGCCAGAAUGCAUUCACGUGAUGAGGCGAUGGGAGGGAGGCGAUCCUGGGGUGUCCAACCAGAAGACCCCGACCACCAUCUUGUUGACCCCCGAGAGGAAGUUCCACAGCUUUGGAUACGCUGCCAGGGACUUCUACCAUGACCUGGAUCCCACCGAGGCCAAGCAGUGGCUGUAUCUGGAGAAGUUCAAGAUGAAGCUGCACACCACAGGGGACCUCACCAUGGAUACAGACCUGACAGCAGCAAAUGGCAAGAAAGUCAAAGCCCUUGAAAUCUUCGCUUACGCCCUGCAGUACUUUAAGGAGCAGGCGCUGAAGGAGCUGAGUGACCAGGUGGGUUCGGAAUUUGAGAACUCGGAUGUCAGAUGGGUCAUCACGGUGCCUGCCAUCUGGAAACAGCCGGCCAAGCAGUUCAUGAGACAAGCUGCUUACCAGGCAGGCCUGGCCUCUCCUGAGAACUCGGAGCAGCUCAUCAUUGCCUUGGAGCCUGAGGCCGCCUCCAUCUACUGCCGGAAGCUGCGUCUGCACCAGAUGAUUGAGCUGAGCGGCAAGGCGGCGGUCAAUGGGUACAGCGCCAGUGACACAGUAGGAGCGGGGUUUGCACAGGCUAAGGAACACGUACGGCGUAAUCGUCAGAGUCGGACCUUUUUGGUGGAGAAUGUCAUAGGAGAAAUCUGGUCAGAGCUGGAGGAAGGUGACAAGUAUGUGGUUGUGGACAGUGGCGGAGGCACCGUAGACCUGACAGUCCAUCAGAUACGGCUACCCGAGGGACACCUAAAGGAACUGUAUAAAGCAACAGGUGGACCCUAUGGAUCCUUGGGAGUAGAUUAUGAAUUUGAGAAACUUCUGUGUAAAAUAUUUGGAGAGGAUUUUAUCGAACAGUUCAAAAUCAAGCGUCCUGCAGCCUGGGUUGACUUAAUGAUUGCCUUUGAGUCUCGAAAGAGAGCCGCUGCUCCAGACAGAACCAACCCUCUCAACAUCACCCUGCCCUUCUCCUUCAUCGACUACUACAAGAAGUUCCGUGGGCACAGCGUGGAACACGCCUUGAGGAAGAGCAACGUGGAUUUUGUGAAGUGGUCCUCCCAGGGUAUGCUGAGGAUGAGUCCAGAUGCCAUGAAUGCCCUUUUUAAGCCAACCAUAGACAGCAUCAUUGAGCACCUCCGGGACCUGUUUCAGAAGCCGGAGGUUUGCACGGUCAAGUUCCUCUUCCUGGUGGGUGGCUUUGCCGAGGCGCCCCUCCUGCAGCAGGCAGUGCAUGCAGCCUUUGGUGACAAGUGCCGGAUCAUCAUCCCCCAGGACGUGGGCCUCACCAUCCUCAAGGGCGCCGUCCUCUUCGGCCUGGACCCCGCCGUCAUCAAGGUGCGCAGGUCCCCGCUCACCUACGGGGUGGGCGUGCUGAACCGCUACGUGGAGGGCAAGCACCCGCCCGAGAAGCUGCUGGUGAAGGACGGCACUCGCUGGUGCACCGACGUGUUUGACAAGUUCAUCUCUGCCGACCAGUCGGUGGCCCUGGGAGAGCUGGUCAAACGUAGCUAUACCCCGGCCAAGCCCUCCCAGCUGGUCAUUGUCAUCAACAUCUACAGCUCUGAGCAUGACACCGUCAGCUUCAUCACUGACCCAGGGGUGAAGAAGUGUGGCACGCUCCGCCUGGAUCUCACAGGGACCAGCGGCACAGCAGUGCCUGCCAGGAGGGAAAUCCAGACCCUCAUGCAGUUCGGGGACACCGAGAUCAAGGCCACAGCCAUUGACAUAGCCACCUCAAAGAGUGUCAAAGUGGGGAUCGACUUCUUAAAUUACUAACCAUCCUUCCCUGCCGCCUGCCCCUAGGACCAGCUCAUCUGCAUCUGCUGACCUUAUCCUUGACUGUCCUGACCUUGACCUUGACCCUUGCCAUUGCCCACCUGAACUUUAGCAGGAGAACAACCAGGGUGAGAAAUAACUAGGGAUUUUUGGAAGGUACACUGGAGUCAGAAAAGCGGUCAGAAAUUACGAUUGAGGUCUAGGAACAGGAAAUUCAAGGAUCCUAGAAGCGCAGCUAGUUUUCACAGGUACCAAAGUGGUGCACCAACCACCCGACAAGGGGAUCGGUACAGUCUGCAGCAGUGGUGGAGCCUUGCUUUGAACAGAUCUCUGCCAAGUAGAACUUAGAAUGCCCUAUUGCCUUCUUUUUAGAUUUGAAAUGAGAUCUUUGAGUCAGGAGAAAAUCUUCGUCUGAGAUCUUUUCUUUUUAGGUUUUUUUUUUCUUUUUCUUUUUGGAUAGCAGUCAAUAUAAAAUGCCACCCAUCUGUAGUCAGUUUCUUCUCAUCCUGGAAUGAACAGCGGUGACUCAGAGGGAACUUGGAGCAUUGUCAGCUGGUGGGAGAAGACUGCCUACACUGGGCGCUAUUUUAGGUUCUGAGAUAAUUUAAAUUCCAAGAAGGUUUGGGGAAAAAUAACUAUAGCCUUGGCUACCCCACUAGGAUUUUGGGGAGUAGGAAUGCUAACACCUCAGCUUUUCAGCAGGUAAAAAUUUGCUUUGAUGGAAAAAGAUAUUGAAGAGUUGCUGCCUUACACCAAAUCACAGUAUUCAUCCCUCAUCUGUAGGGGAUACAUUCCAAGAUCCCCAGUAGAGACAUGAACCCCCCCCCAUAGUACCAAACCCUAUAUAUACACACACUAUUUUUUCCCCUAUAUCUCCAUAUCUGUGAUAAAGUUCAAUUUAUAAAUUUGACACAGUAAGAGAAUAAUAGUAAUAACAAAAUAAGGAAAUCGUACAAAACAACUGUAACACAAUUUAUAUGAAUGUGGUCUCUCUCAAAAUAUCUCAUUGUACUCUACUAUAUUUUUGGACCACAGUUGACCAUGGUAACUGAAACCGUGGAUGAGGGAAAACUACUACAAACGUUGUGAUCUAACUCACAGAAUGCCAAAUCCUGAUUUCUGAGUUCAAAAGUAAUUCUAGUGAAUCUUGGAGGAAUUCACUGUGAGAACAUGAGGCUGCCAUGGCUUUGUUCACAUCUCCUAGUCCCCGACUCCAGAAUAGCCCUUAAACCUUGAAAAGCAUCCAAACUUUAAAUGAGCCCCCAUUCUUCCUGCUCAUCUCCAUCCCCCUGAGAGUUCUGACCAUUCAUUUCCAUCUUGGGAAAGGAAUACAUUGGUGAAAUAUCAAAGGAGAGUCUGUUCUAUGAGAUGCUUCAUUGAAAAUCUCCAGUUUUUCAAAUCCAUCUAAAUUCAUGUAUAGAUCUAGACUUGAUGAAUUAAGCCAGUUGUUUUCUUUUCUCUCUCUCUCUUUUUUAUUAGAGCUUUAUGAUCAUCGGGUCCAUCCAGACAAACUCAUACAGGCAUGGAUAUUGAUUUUGGUUCAUGAUCCCCCCCUUUCCCUCUCAUCCUCCCUCCCUCCCCUCCCCAUUUCCUUCCUCUACUAACUUCCUUUCAUUCGCCUAUGAAUUUGCACUUGAUGGUUUCUUCUGUUGUCCUUUCCUUUAUUUCACUCUGGCUUCUGCAUAGGAGAGAAAACAUCUGACCUUUGAGCUUCUGGGCUUGGCUAUCACUUGGCCUGAUAUUCUCCAUUUCCCCCACUUACCAAGCCACUUCUUCUCUAAAGCAGGUCUGUGGCUUGCCUGCGUCAGAAUCGCCUGGGUGCUCGCUUAGAGCAGGUUCCUGGAUCCCAUCCCUUUUAAGCAGAAGCUAAUUUGAAGGGGUCCAGAAUCUGCAUUUGUAGUGUAUACCAGAAGUGAAUGGGGUUCAGCUGGAAUUGGAGAAUUCCUAACUUUGUCAAAGCUGAAGCACAGGCCACAGCCUGAGCCCUCUGUUCUUCCCUUCGGAGUUUUCUUAGGGAAGAGGGCGGACCCCAGGCCUUGUCCUCUUGGUAAGUGGGGUUGGGGCUCCGUUAGUCACCUAGGAUGGCCCUUUAAAUUCUCACUGGGUGGUCUGGCAGGGAAAAGAUGUCCUGAAAGGCAGCCAGUGGGUCUGCAUUUUUCCCUCCCCACCACCCAAAGUCAGUUUUCGCCAACAUUCAGGAGCCAACUGAGGACAGAGACUCAAGGAUCUGAAUCACAGUCCUUCUGGUCUGUCAAAGCAGUCUUUUCCACCUGCUGGAAGUCAUUCCGAUUUCAAGUCACUGGAGGCAUGCAUCGCGAACCGAGAACGAGGGAAUGCGCUUUGAAUGCAAGUUGGAUUCGCAAACCAUCACCUCGGCCAAUAUGCAGAUUGUGAGCAGCACUUCGGGUUUCUUUUUAGCCCAUCUUCUUUUUCACUUCGCCUGCUGCAGAUUUCCCUGCUAGAAAGUGAAACAUGAUUAAGGCACAGAACUGGAGAAAGCCAGUUCCCUAACUUGAGUGGUGGGAUUUCAUAGCCAGGCACCAAGGUGUGUUUCUCGGGGUCUCCUGCUGCCUGCUCUGCUUCAGAAGCUUAAUGUUGUGUGUCCCUCUUUGGUGUUGCCAGCCACAGUCUGCAAAUAAGACUUUUCCAUUUAGUUAUGAGUAAUAUAAUUUUAUGUACAUACAGUGUUGAAAUCUUGUAUAGAAUCUUUAUUUCUACAAUAUGUUUUUCUUAUUUUAAAAAAAGGAAAAUGUUCUUUGAUUUUUGUUGAUAUCACUGCCCUUAAUAUUUCAUAUUUUCAUUUCUUAAUUGCUCUCACUAACCACUGAUUUGCACCGAUACCAAGUGAUGGAUUAUGUGUGCAAGACUGAGCAUUAGGCAGAGGUGCCCUGGGGUCAGCUAAUACUCUGAACACCUGGACCACUUGGAUCAACAGCUUCUUCAGUUUUCGCCAACUUCCACAUGCACAUUCUUUCCAAAGAUUCAGGAGCUAUAUUUAAGGGAGCGUAAUGUAUCAAUUCUCCUGUCCAGACUUUGAGAGCUGAACAUUCUGGUUUGGUAACCAAACAUGACUGUGCAGAAAAACCUAUGAAAACUCUUUGCAUUCUGUUGGGUUGUCAACCUGUACUUGUGGGGCAAAGUAGUGACUCUGAGGACAAAGUGUGGUCCAUGUGUGGAUGUUUUCAGUACACCAGGGUCAAAGGCAGGAAUCAAGUGGUACAUAAACCGAGCUUUUCUGUUGGGUAAGGAUGAGGCAAGUCCCUUGUUUGCUGCUAACGCAAAGCUCUUCCUGCCUUGAAUUAAGGAUGUCUCCUUGUCUACUAGUUCUCUUCGAUGAACUGAUAGAAAUCUACGGUGUUGGCAAAUUGAUGAUAGAGAAGGGGUGGUAAUUUUGCUGGACUUUCUUCUGGCCCCAGAGAUGCAGCCCUAGUAAUCCAACUCCUUAGACAAGACUCCCAAAUCCAUCCCUUUCCCCUAUUGAAAUAUUUUAGAGUAAGAGCACUGGAUAAGUACACUUGGACACAUUUCCUAAUCUUAGAAGGUUUCUAGAAGGCCUGUGGUCCUGACCCAUUACUCAGUUGCUCCUGGCAUAUUAUUUGAUAGUCACCUUUCUUGGAAGCAGAGUUGUUGAUGUCCUUUGUCACUGCCUUUUCUGUAUGCAGGAGGCAUUAAUGAAUGACAGGCAACUUACAGACAUGAUAGGAAAGAGGAGGAAUCACAAGAGUGUAUUUGCAGAGUGUUGGCUGAGUCCAGAUUACAGAGCCUGCCCCACCCUUAGAAUGUUAUUUAGACCAAGUUUAGCUUUUAGAGUCCAGGUCUGGUUAAUUGCCAGGGUAGCAAAGAAUCUCAUGCACCAAUAUAAACAGGAGUCAAAUGCAUUAUUAGUCCAAGAUCAAACUUCACAUUGUAGAGAUGUAAUUGCCGUGAGUAAGCUGCCUACAGAUGCUGGGAAAUGACUUAAGUGGAUGACUAGUAUAAAAGUCGUUGGCCAUCCUGUCACUAACACCUCUCAUCUGCUUGAAUUAUGGAACACUGUUCUACAAUCUCAGCCAUUCAGGGUCUUGUUCACUACAAGAUAGAUCCAAACUUCACAGAAUGUCGCAGCAGUUCACAACUGGACAGGACUGUGUCUGCAAACUCUCUUAUCUUCACUGAUGUCUAAUAAAGUAAAACUCUGGAUCUCA